AUGGAAAGGACCACGGCGUACGCGGGAGCCGCAGCUACGCACGAUGCGCUCAAUACUCUACGUUACGAGCUGCGUCAACAGCAGAGGGGCUUUAUCGAUUUCGUGGAACUUGCGUGGUACGUGUACACGCUUUUUAUGCCGAUCGCUCAACAAGACCACCGGGCGGAGGAAUUGAUUCUCGUGCAAAUCACAGACCGUCGGGCCCGGAUCGACCGCCAACGCAAGUACGCAGGCGGCAAUGAUCGGACGUCGUCUUCACUGUCGGUGGAUUGGAUCACGCUGCGCUGCGCCGGUGGCCACGACGAUUCGACCGGAGCCGAUAACGUAUUCAACAGGCAAAUACUGAAUGCCGCGUACCGAGGCACACGUGAGGCGGAGGCUGUGCGUGGCGGCUUGGCUGGUGAGCCGCUCGAAUUGGCUAUCCGCGCGGGUCUACAAGAACUAGCGACCAUGAAGAUCAAUGUUAGGGCCCAAAACAGGAUGGUGGUGGCAGCCACAGAUGCGGUUUUCGAAUCGUUGAGCAACCAAUUCGAGAAUCACGAGGCCAACCCCGCUGCUCAACAGCAACUCCAACGCAAGUUGAAAGCGCUGAACGCCGAGUUGAGUGUGAUGAUGAAGUGUGACAACUGGCUGCGCCAGCAGGGCCAGGUCGAGCGCGCUGUCGUUGCUGUUGCGGCCGAGGUGCCACCCGGUCGUGUUCUCCGCCCACGCAAUGCCCAAGCUCCAGCCGGCGGGGCUCGCGGACAAGCCGUCGUUGGCGCAAACCUGGACCCGGUCGAGGGCCAUUGUGCCGAUUGCCAUCGGCCCGAUCCCGUUCUCAACAAUGCCGUCGGUCCGUUUCUGUGCAAACGCUGUAUCAAAAACUUCCGCCGUACCCUGAAACGCAUCCCCGAACAGCCGUGUACAAGGAAUUGUGGUGUCCAGUCCCCCUGUGCUUACCACACCAUCCUGCGCAAAAUGACUAUCGGCUACCGGCUGCCAGCCGGUGUGACGCUGCCCCGA